GGCAGGCAGCGCAGCCCCGGCGGUGGCAGCAGCAGCGGGGCGGGGGGCAGUGUAAGAUGGCGGCGCUGCGGGAGGGGGGCAGGUACGGCGUGUCCUGCGGCAGGGUCACCCAGGACAACGUCACGGUGCUGCACGUCAAGCUGACCGAGACCGCCUUCCGGGCUCUGGAGAGCUACCAGGGCAACAAGAAUUGUAUUCCUUCUCGACCCUCAAUCCAAUUUCAAGGACUCCAAGGGCUUGUCAAAAUUCCCAAAGCUGAUCUCCCAAAUGAAGUGCAUAACUUUAACUUCUACUUGUCAAAUGUUGGCAAAGAUAAUCCUCAGGGAAGCUUUGAUUGUGUCCAGCAAACUGUCUCAAGUUCUGGAGUCUCGCAGCUCAAUUGUCUGGGAUUUAUACAGGAUAAAAUUACAGUAUGUGCAACAAACGACUCUUAUCAGAUGACAAGAGAACGCAUGACCCAGGCAGAAGAAGAAUCUCGCAACCGCAGUACAAAGGUCAUAAAACCUGGUGGGCCAUUUGUAGGUAAAAGAGUACAGAUUCGGAAAGCACCACAAAGUAUUCCAGAUGCAGUGCCUGAGAGGAAAAGGUCAACACCCAUCAAUCCUGCAAAUACAAUACGAAAGACCCACGUAAACAACGGCGUUUCUCAGCGACCAUAUAGAGACAGGGUGAUUCACUUACUGGCACUGAAGACCUACAAGAAACCAGAGCUACUUGCUCGCUUGCAGAGAGAUGGCGUUAAUCAAAAAGACAAGAACUCCCUUGCAGCUAUCCUUCAGCAGGUAGCCAACUUGAAUCCCAAGGACAACUCUUACACUCUGAAGGAUUAUGUAUUUAAAGAGAUCCAAAAAGAUUGGCCUGGAUACAAUGAGAUAGACAAACAGUCACUGGAGUUAGUACUUUCUAGAAAACUAAAUUCAUCUCAGAAUGCCACCAGCACCAGUCAUUUGGAAUCUCCUCUAAGUUCUUCUAAAGAGGCUGCAUCUGCUUCUCCUUCCCAGAAACGGCUGUUGGAUUCAGAUUUUAUUGAUCCUUUAAUGAAUAAAAAACCAAGAAUAUCUCACCUUACCAAUAGAGUUCACCCAACAUUAAAUGGUCACUUGACUGCUUCCAACGAGAGAGCUCCUGCUGCACCACCACCUCCCCCUGCAGUCGCUGCCACCCCAGCUCCUCCAAUGCUUCCUUCAACUCGCCUUCCUGUUUCAAAUCCUCCUCAGCCUGUAAACUCUAACUCCAAUUCCCCUAGCACUCCUGAAGGCCGGGGGACUCAAGACAUGCCUGUUGAUAGUUUUAGUCAGAAUGGCAGCAGCAUCUUUGAGGACCAGCAAGAAAAAUAUACCUCUAGGACUCCUUUGGAAAUGCCAGCACCCAUUGCAGUUGAGUUAGCGUGUCCAAAGUCAACAGAUGAGAUACAUUCAGUGUUGCACAAAAAAUCAAAAAAGAAGUCAAAAAAACAUAAGGAGAAGGACCAAAUCAAAAAACAUAACAUGGAGAGUAUUGAAGAAAAGGAGAGAGACCUUAAGAAAGAAGAAAUUGUCAAGCUGAAAAAUUCCAUUUUGGAUUCAAGUGAAGGUGUUAAAGAGACUUGCACUGACUCUGCAGAUCCUUCAUCAACAAGUGAACUACCAGACUACUUUGUAAAAUAUAUAGCUAUUGUCUCAUAUGAGCAACGCCAGAGUUACAAGGAUGACUUCAAUGCAGAGUAUGAUGAAUACAGAAGCUUACAUGCCAGGAUGGAAAAUGUCACUAGAAGAUUUAUGAAACUUGAUGCUCAACGUAAGCUCCUUUCUCCAGGAUCUAAGGAGUAUCAGGUAGUUCAUGAGGAAGUCCUACAGGAAUAUCGGAAGAUCAAACAGUCUAGUCCCAACUAUCAAGAGGAAAAGUACAGAUGUGAAUAUCUUCAUAACAAACUGGCUCAUAUUAAAAGACUAAUAGGUGAAUUUGACCAACGACAAGCAGAGUCAUGGCACUAGAGCUCUGCUUGGACCAGAUGAUGUGAAUAAACUUAAGCUUAUUUAUUUAAAAUUCCAAAUGAGUUGCUCUAAGAUUCUAAAAAAAUUAAACUUUUGCAUUACAAAAGUUUCAGUAUUAGCAGACUUGAGUUACUACUUUUGUUGUUGAGGUUGCUUCUCUGCAUAUUUGAAGCUGCUUUUUUUUCUGGUCCCUUCUUUUCCUUAAGACUUAUGUUUGUCCAUGGAAAUCAUUUUACCAGUAGAUACUGGGGAUUCAAUGUCUCUACUUUAAAGUUCAGCACACUUAAAAAAAAAAUGUAGCAAGUUGAAAUGCUUUUGGAUAAAUAUAAGCCUGUUUUCUGACCUUUCUUGUUAAUGCAAACUCUUUGCCUUAAACGGUAGAAGGUUUUAAAUUUGCACAAAAUUUUUAAAGGAAGUGAAAACAUUGUUUUGGAGGGUUAAAAAGAGGUGUUUGUAUAUAUGAAAGCUAUAUACAGCCUCUUUAUUGACAACAUUAACUUACCCCUGCAACUUAAACCCCCAUUGCAAUGGUUGCCUUAAGGUGUUUGCUUGUGUGUGCUUAGUGUAGUUAAAUUAUUAGCUACACUGCUUCCCAUUUUAGUAAAACAACGGGAAGUAUUCUGUGGCCUACCAGCGUCUGAAAGCGUGUGCUUGUACUGUAUGUGUGCAAAGUUGUGUGGGUGUGAGCAUGAUGGGGGGAGAAAAAAAGCUGCUACUCGAAGUAGGCCAAACGCUCAGGUUAAAACAACUGACGAGUGUUGCUGUAGGGUUUUUCCUAUAAAAUUGCUACUUCUAUUGUGGAAGAUGAAAACAUUUCCAUUUCAACAGUUUGUCAGCUUUCUUAAUGUUGGGGAAAAUUGAUACUUUACAAAACUUAAACAGAUCUAUAGUUUUUGGGUAAAAUUAAACAUGUAGGUGACCUAUUUAUAUACUGCUAUAAAGUAUUUUUUUGAAGAGAGAUAUGCCAAGAAGCUAUUGCCUACAUGAAAUGUAUAUUUAAAGAGUUUUCUCCUGGGUGCCAGGAAUAUAACACAGAACAGAUAUAUUUAACUAUAAAAUACUGUGAUCAUCAAACAGCACAAACUUUCAUUUCAUGCAGUUUAUUGGUUUAAUUUGAUUUAAACCAUCACUUUAUCAUGUGGGAACAUAAAUUAUUUGGUCAAAAGAUUAAGCAUUUUGAAUUAAUUUUUGUUUACUUGUCUUACUGUAUUUGUCUUUUCAAAGUGCUGCCAAUUGAAAAGGGAAGCAUUAUGUUUACAAAUCUGGUUUUGGAAUGUUUGCCAAAAUUUUGGUAGUAUCUUUAAUAAACUUUAUCUCCAGCAUCAAAACAAUUGUUGUGUAUCACUGUAAACCAGAAAAUGUUUUAUAGAAUUGCCAGAAAGUAUACACUAAAAUAACUGGAACACUGGAGUUCACCUCUAGUGUCAGUUCUUCUGAUACAUUAACUAGAAAGAUUCAUUAGCUUGGAAGACAAGUCCCUCUUAAUCAGACCUUUGUUACAGUUACACUACAGAUAUGUACAGAUUUCACUACUGUAGUAUAGAGUUGAAGUCUCUAACACAAUAUGUUGAGAUUUCAGGUGCUUUUACCUGAUUAAUUGUAAUUGGUACAAUCACCAUGUUAAGUUUUGAAUUACUUGAAUGUUAAAAGCGUAAGAGGAUGCAAAGGAAAUUGCAUGCCUCCCAUUGAAAUAAAUGUGUCUUUUCUGGGAUCUAAUUCAGCCCUAAAUGUUAUGAAAGUAAUGUGUAAACACAAUGCCUUGUCACUUGACUUCAGUUUUGAUAUAACAACUUUGUUGCUGAUGGACCAACAUCUAAUGAAAUCACAAUGGCUGUAUUGUUCAAGCUGAACAAAUAAUGUAUGGUUCUAAAAACGGGCUAUUUUAGGUAAUGUUCUUGUAUCUGAAAUGUAACUGCAGGGCAAAGCUGCUAGACUACUCUGUUACUCUAGAGCAGUGAUAGUAUGUGUAGUAAUUAUCUCAGUGCCUACUUUGUUUGUAAUACCAUCACUAUAAAUUAGCCUACUGCAAUUGAAGCAUUCAUAUUGUCUUUUUGUGCAAAAGGAGUCACCUGUGCUGGCACACAUCUUCUGGUUUACAGGUAUCUAUUGCAGCUGGAGGUUAAUAUUUCAUAAAGGUCCAGCAUUGCUUAUCAUUAGACCUGACAAACUACUGUAAAACCCUUAACUUAAAUUUUGUUCUUUGCAGUGAGUGUUUCUCAAGCCUUGCAAAAUAUACCCAGUAGCCUAUGUAUGGCAAAAUGCAACAUAUCUGCUGUUUCCCUGGAGUCUACAUUCCUGUUGAACAAAUGUCAGAGCCUAUUGAAGUAAAGCCUCUAUUAGUAUUGCCGUUCCUGCAAAAUUUGCCCACUCACUCAAACAGAUUCAGCUUUUUGCAAAUGGUGGCAAAACUUGACUUGAGUUACACUACUGUUAAGGCAACCCUAUGUAGGUUUUAGAGAAAUGGUGAAGGGGAGCCAGUGUGUCUGGUUUUAGGGAACCCAAUGAGUCUUGCAUUUAAAUAAACUGUGAUGAAACAUUUGAAACACCAUUUUGAUAAUUUCUGUUAAAGGGAAUGAAUAGCUGCCCACUGUUGGCAAAAGAUUCAUACACGAAGGGGAUCGUUUUUCAGUGUUACUAGGUUGUUAGUCUGAUGGGAGGAAUUGAGGGAGGAGAGUUAGUGCAUUUUUAAAAUUGUAGAGGUUAAGUGGUUGUUGUGAGAACAUAACAGUUGAAAUAAGUUCUCUCUCUUUGCUGGCUACUUUGAAUUUUUUUAAAUUUGGUGUUAAUUUUUCUAGGUAUCCAGUUGAUUUUGCAAGUUUUACAAUAAUUUUCCCCUAAAAGUAUUUAACUAAGAUGCUAUGUAGAGCAUAUGCAGACACAAAUGUUGGAGGCACAUUACUUAAUGGGCCUUAAACAAAAACUGGAUUGAUUAAACAGUUCAGAUACUGUAACUUUUACUUUGAAAUAAUAGUAAUACCACAGCCAGUCUCUUUCUGGCAAUGUAAAUGUGCAUUCAUUCCAUAUAGGCUUGCUGUUUGCCUUUGCUACUUGGAAGUCUCCUUACAGCUAAUUGUUUUCAUAAGUGUUACUAAAUAAUUUCUUCAUGUGUACCUGAUGGGAAGAGAUGUGGGUAGCACUUUGGUAGCCUUUUCAGUUUUGGGGAAGUAUAUCAUUGACAUUACUAAAGGAAGACAGGGAAUGUCAGACAGCACUGUGGUAAUGUGAAGAAAACCAGGGCUGGAAUCCCCCUUUCUGCCUUUUUUGAAGCGUUGUUUUAAAACAACUAUUUUUCAAUAAUUCCACACAGACUGUGUUAAGAGUGAUAAAGUGAAAUGCCCUGGGGUAUUUUGUUAACCAAUGAACACUUGAGCCAUUGUUGCCUCUCUGUUCUACACCAAUUUAAGUUCAAUAAAAUGUAAACUUUGCAAUUCUGA